AUGGCGCAUGACCAAGGGGAAGCCUGUAUAUACGUCAAGCAAUCGGUUCUUCGCGAGCUCGAGCAAGAGCGGUGCAGACUCAAGUGGCAGCUUUCUCGUGCCCUGCAGACGUCCGACACUUGCGCAGCUGAACUGGAAGCGAGCAAAGCUAAAGUGAAGGAUCUGUUAACGAUCGUGGAACUGAAUAAGGGUGUAGCAGGCCUACCGGUAGCGGUGCAGCGCUCUCAUGAUCGAGACGUCAAGCGAAGAGCAGAACUCGACUCCUUGCAUUACACGAAUCAACAGCAGUGUCAACGAUACGUGGAUUUGGCCUUGCGCUCGAUGAAUCGAAGAGUGCGCUUCAGACAGCAACGCGUCGUCUUCCAGUCGCUCCAGCAAGUAGUGCAGCUUCGAACUCGACGCCGAGGUGCACUGCUGAGACUGCACACACGGAUUCGAUUGAGAAUUCUACGACAGAGCCUGUACGGAUGGAAGCAGGUAGACGGCGACUGUACCAUAGAGAGUGCCAAAGUCUACCCGGUGCAGCUGACCAAAUGGGACUACGAACAGAUUCGAAGGUGGCAACUUUUACGAAAGAUGUGGAGAAAUUGGGAACGCGCUGUCCGCUGGAAGCGAAGGCAACGAGAUCUCUUGAUACUCCCGUCACAGCGUUUGGUGCGCUCAGUGUUUGUAACCUGGGCAUCACGGAUAGGGUUGCUUCGACAAGGACGCAUUUCCUUGCGUCGACUCCUCGUGCGGCACAACCGGCGGCUUCUACAGCUUGGGCUGACACGUUUCCGACUGCGAUGCGCCGAGACUUCAGCUCACGAAUGGGCUGAAGUCCUCAAAACAGCACACAACGCGAUGGAGGAGGAACGGAAGCUACAACAACAAUUGUCGGAACUGCAGGCACAGCGACGAGAAGCCUUGGCACAACGCGAGUGUAAAUAUCGAGCGUGGAUGAUACUGCGAUGUUACGUGAUCCAGUUGAGAAAGAAGACUGCGAUCGCUGUGCAGUUCCAGAAACUUCAGCAUCAUCAGCGAGUGAUGCGAAGGUUCGUCACGUCGUGGAAGAACGAAGCACGUCGCUCAAAACGCAUCAAGACGUUGAUAUCAACGCGGGACGAGCGUCGAACUUACUCCACCAAGGCAUCUUGCUUCAAACUGCUCGUUUGGACGCUUCGUCGCAGUCGACAACAGCGAUUCCGACUCCGUGCGUUGAUGUUCAAGCUGCAAAGGCUCUGGUUGAUGAGAGGAUGGCUCGGUCUGCGCAUCCGGUCAGCCGUUCAAGAGUGCAAGGCGGCAGCUCAUGUGGAAAUGUGGCAGUUCUCUCAGCAGGUGGAGGCAACACAGGCUUCUUAUCUCGGGGAUAUUCGACGCAGCCGAAGAUCUGCACUGAAAUUUCAAGUCACCUGCGCUCUCGUCAUGGCCGAUAAGAAUCAAGAAAAGUUAUUGCGACGGGUGCUUCGUAGCUGGUCUACACAUACAGCAACACACGCUCGUCGUCGACGCGCUUUGAAGAGAUUGAUGUGUCGUACGCGAGGUCAAGCACUUCGAUCUGCUCUUGGGAAGUGGGUCCUCUUCGACCAGUACGCAAGUACGAGAUCCAGUCAACAGGACCAAUUUCGACAAACACGACGCCACCGGGUAGUCGUCCUUGGGUUCAUCAUGUGGAAACGCUUCACACACCAGAAGCUUCUAUCGAAGCUGGCGACUUAUCGACUGCGGUCUUGCUUCCGGGUUUGGUGUCACUGGCAUUACCUUCGACAACAGCGGGCGCGAUGCCUCGGACGAUUCUUAAAGCGAACGAGGGGGAGGUGGCAACGACAAGCCUUUCAGUCCUGGAAGAUCAAGAACGACCAGCACGUGGAGGUGUGUGCCAACAGAUAUGCCGCUGAACACGAGCUGGUGUCGCGACUGUGGCGUCGGUGGAUUGGGUACGUCGCCUUCCGUCUACAAAACCAGAUUCGCGCGAGAAGAUGCUUACAAGCCUGGCUUCAGUAUUCGAAGCUGAUGGCUCGCAGACGCGCAGCGGUAAGACGACUUUACCACCGACACUGCAUUCGGAGCCUUGGAAUCAAGUGGCGCCACUGGAUACGAGCGUCCAUGUCUGCGACGAUCACAAGGCUUGACGCGGUAACGAUCAGAACUCAGGAACAGGUCCACAAAGUGGUCCGGUCAACGGGAAGAGCCAGCAUCCUGCGGCGUAUAAUACGGAAGUGGAGACUCGUCAGUGUCGAGGCCACACGACAGCAACGUCGUCGAGAUCUUUUCACGGAGAAACGACGAUACAUGGCACUCCAGGGCACCAUGAGGCGAUGGCAAACAAGAAUCACGAGCUGCUCGCUGUCCAAACAGCGUCGAACGCUUCGACUCCUACUAAACCGCCUCCAAUUAUCCCUUGAGCGUCAAGCAUUCAGACUUUGGGAACGUCGAGCUCGUGCGCAUACCCUCUUUGAACGAGAUCGGGUGAGUGCUGAGCUGUUCCGUCGCUCUGAAGUUCGAGUGUUGGUUCUUACAGAGAAGAUACAAACCGAGCGAGAGAGACGAAUCGUGUUCAGUGCAUGGAGGUCCAUCGCAUUCCGAAAGAAAACAAUCUGGAAGUUCUUACACAGCAUCUUGUUGAAGUACCAGCAACGUUUGCUCCAGAUGUCGUGGAGCUGGUGGACAUCUCACACUCGAACGCAACGUGGCGUCGCACAUCUAAAUGUAAUGAUCGCCCAGAGACUUAAGGCUGCAGCGUGGCGUAAACUGACGCAGAUGUAUCAUCACCAUGGUCUGAGGGUGACAGGAGCUCGACUGGCAGGAGCUAUCUGGCACAAAAUCGUUUUGCGUCACGCGUGGGGUCACUGGAAGCGAAUUGACAACAUUGUGUCCAGUCACGCUGCGCUGGAAGAGGAAAAAGCAUCGUCAACCCAAUCGAUGCUGGCAUUGAAAGAGGUAUUCGCGAGGCGGCAUCACAAGAAGCGGGUUUUGACCGAAUUGUUUGCAACUUGGAAGCAGCAGACUGCACACAUUAAACGCUUUCGACACCAGCUCUGCGUGGCUUUGGGGAGGUUGGUAGAAGCGACUCCGGUGUAUCAUUUCCACAAGUGGCGAACGAUAAUCGAGCGACAGAGCUAUCUCGACUUGCUUUUAUCUCGUGUCGUGAAGCGCCAACGCAUUCGGAAAAUGCGCUCAGCUCUGGGUCAUUGGAGACGGUGGGCACGAGAGAUGGUGCAUCGACAGCAGCUGGAGCAAACAGAGCACGCAUUAUCACAUCAGCGAGAAGUCAGCGCCAAGCGCAUUGCAGUCCAGCGUCGGCGAUACGUCGUCGAACAGAGAGCAGCUCUAUCACAUCGCCGCAUUCGCCGUCUCCGUCAAAGCAUCUGGCGCGCAUGGCGUCAUUUAGUUUGCCAGUCAAGACGGAGAGCUCAAAUUAUCUUGAAGAUCUCGAACAGUACGCGGGUUGUGCUUCUGGCACACGGUUUCAAUCAAUUGGAUCGAUGGUGUGACUGGAGACAUGACGUCGACCACACAGCGAUCCGACUAGUGAGAAUCCACGAAUUGUGGCAGUCGCGACGAGGGUUCUCAGCUCUCCGUCAGCACCAGCAUGAAGCCAUUCGACGCCAAUCCGUCAUGGCAGCGUCGGCGUUCUCCACUCACAACACUCGACAGCGAGAGCGCCAGAUUCAAAGGAUGCGUGCGGUAUCGCUCGUCUUGCAGCGAAAGACGAACUCUGCUCUUUACGAUCGAUUCUUCAGUCGCUGGGUCAUGUACGCGAAGAUACAAACACACACUAAGUCUAUGAUCAAGCUGGCUCGUGCGCGAUCUCUAAAGCGGAUAGAACGUUCAUGUUUCGUCAAAUGGAAGCGCCAUACCCGAUACAGCGUCACUUUAAGACAGAAGCUCCACAGAUGUCAGCAAAACUGGCAGCUUCGACGCCAAAAACGGGUCUGGAACGCGUGGGUCAACUUCACGCAGCACUCACGAGGCGUGAAACACGCGGUCUACGACAAAUUAAUCAUCUGCGCACUUCGACACUCGCUUCAAGAUGCCUGGGGACGGUGGAAGGCGUAUACUCGACACGCAAACGACUUGAUGGACGCUCAUCGUGUUGCACAAUGGGAACACGCGACAGCGAAGCGAGACAAACUGAUCGACACUCUGGAAGACAAACACGAACGCUUGUUGCUGAGAGCAGCCCAGCUCGGACAGCAGAACAACGCGCUCCGUCGGCUGUUAGUGAGCUCAGCAGCCACGAGAAUUGAUCGAGUUCUGGAGCUUGGACGCAAAAUACGUGUCUCAAUUGCGCUCAAAGUCUGGAAGCACAAAUUAGAGCAAGUGCGGAUGUUGCAGUCGCGUCUUAAAGCUCUUGGUUCGCGGUAUCAGCGACUGGCACUGCGGCGUUGGCAAUCGACAAUUUUACACUCACGGGCUGCUGAAGAAGUGAAGCGAGUGCAACUGGACAUGACCGAGUGGGCUGCACGUAUUGCUCACGCUUGUUCCACGCAAUGGCUCAAACGACGAGCGUUCAUGUCUUGGAGAGCGGUGGGGAGAGCUCAUCGUGAAAUCAAUCGGCGUCUCGUAGUGGCUCAACGCAGACGUGAUCUCAAGUGUAUCCGGACGUGUUGGACGAGUUGGAAAUCGAUGAUUGACGUUCGGACGCGACAGCAUGCAGCAGCUACUGCUUCAUUGGUGAAGAAGCGGCUCCUGGCCGUUCUGCAAGCAUACUGGCAAUGGAAAAGUGCUCACAAGCGCUCACGAAUUGCCAAACUUAAUGCAGUUCAUUGUCUUGUGUUGUUGCGGCGCGUUUGGCAGCGACAAGUCACGAUCAACGCGUGGAAUCAAUGGAGAAACUUUGCAGCAGAAGUAGAAACAGCCUUGCUGCGUACUGGACUGGUGUUGACCGGGCUCGAAUACGAGAGAGCCAAAGAUUCCCAUACGUGGUCACAGCUCUUGUUACGCACUUUCAGUCAUUGGAAACUGUACGCUCAUAGCCGACGCGAGCGUCGAGACGGACACACUCACUCGUUCGCUGUUCGGAGUCGUCAAAAGCUACUUCAUCGCCAUUUUAGGAACUGGAAACGCAGAACCAUUUGGAACCAAGCGCGAUCUGUGCCGUUAUGUCGCAUGGAGCGACAUCUCCGACAUCACUACAGAGCGCUCACAAAGUUUGCUUUUUGGGUGUGGUUCACUCGAGUACAGAGGUUGCCAAGCAUGGCGACGCAACUGCAAGCCGCCUCCAAGCACUUCACACCCGCAGCAGACGUCCCAGCUCGAAUCGCACGCGCAGUGCUGACUGAUUUACAACUGGCAGAGCGGCAGCUGCAGCGAUCGAAGCAGCGCAGCGCAUGGCGAUUGGUAAACGCUACAGUGCGCAAUGCACGUCGACGGACGCUCCAAACCGCGUUCGAUCGACUCGCUGCUGUCCGAUCCAGUCGUCGCUUGAAGCACACCGCUAGUGCCCGCGCUUUCGUCGACAAAAUGACUAUGGCAUUGCUACGCUCAGGCUUCCAGCGCUGGAAAGACCAGUACUUGGCGUUGGCUAUUGACGAGGCCGAAGCGACCCAGCAGGAACUGCUUCGAGCUCUCCGCCACGUGACUUCGUACCGACAGACACUGGGUCCUUAUGCCUCGCAAAGGUAA